GCGCUUGCAGCGGCGUCCGUCCGCCACGAGGUGACGGAGCGGGCGGUGACGGCUGCCGGCUGUGCGGAGCGGCUCGGAGGCGUCGGGGCUGUGAGAGAGCCGCGCGGGACGGGGCGAGCGGCCUGAGGCAACGGGAGCUGGGCUCUGGGCGUGUGGGUUUUCCCUUCUCGUCUUUGUUUGUUUGCUUUUGAACGCUGAGGGAAAGUUGCUUGUGCGCGCUGCAAAGCGUGGCGUUGUCCUACGGACCGUUAUUUUUAAGGCGUGAAGAGCAAGGUUGGAUUAGAGGGAGUUUCUGCUCUUUGCUUCGGUCUCCUCCAGUGCAGAGUAUGACAGAGAGAACAGCAUUCCGAAAGAGAACGUGGAUUUCCUGCCUUUAUUCCCGUGUUAUUGACAUCGUUUCACCCACAGCCAGGUGGGCACAUGGAUACAGAUGUUUUCCUUGCUGAGAUAUUACCACAGCCCCUUCGUUUUUUUCUAUUCUAUUGAAUUCAGCUAUAAACGUGUUCCAGAGGUAACCAGACAUUGUGAUCCUCUUAGGAAUAUCAUAUGCGCACAUACUCAGCUGUAACAGCAGAAAGUGCCUAAAGAAGAGCACCAGAUGUGACUCCAUAUGAUCCCUUACCACCCUGAGCACAGCUCACUGUGACAUUAGCGCUUUCUGAAUCAGAAGUAUUGCAGAUGGAUUUACACUGGGCCAAAAAAAUUGAUUUCCACGUCCCAGACUAAUUCUUCCCUUAUAGUUCCUAUCUCCUGUUUGUCUUUUGUUUGUUUUGGUUAGAGAAAAAAGCAAGCCAACAAACUGAGCACUGUUGAACAUUGUUCUGCUGAACAGUGAAGAAACAUUGAACACUGAUCACUGUCACUUCAUAGAUCACAGGACAGCCUUUAGUGUUAACAUCUAAAUCCUCUAGAUAGUUAUACAGGUAAGGAUGGAAUUCUUUUCCAUACAUGUUUCAUGGUUAUUUACAUUAAACACAACCUGCACAUGACCUCAGGGUUGUGAGCUUGUAUGCAGAUUUGCUCAGCUGAGUUUAUUUUUCUACUCUCCAUAAUUUUCUAUCAGCAAUUCGCUUCACCACCUUAUGGUUUGUUUGUUUUCAGAUUACUUACCACGCAAUAAUUAGCUUUUAAUUCAGCGGUGUGUCUGUGCAAAAACACCCUGAAGAAAUGUAUUCACAGCUCAUUUUAUGGAGGAGUUAUAUUUGUCAAGUCCAAGGGUGAGAAGAGAUCCAAUUGCAUUCCACGUGAAGCAAAGCAGUCAGUUUCAAAGGUGACAGCGCAGUCCUCUCCAGUGACAAAAGGUGUAUGAGAGGAUGUUGUCCAGCGGUAAGAGAAAUGUAAUCGGACAGAGGGUGGUGGAACACGGCUCCCGUUUGAAUGACUGUGACUCCAGCGGCUGCACACUGGUUUAAAAAUAAAGCAGUACGGUCUGAUUCUCUUCUGUCCUUGCGCUCAAGUCAUGCGCUCCUGCACAGCUUUUUGUGGGAUAUUUGCUUUGCAGAUAAGAACUACACGUAAAUGCUGCUAAUUAUCCAAAACAAGAGCUCUGGUGACCACUUCAUUUACGUUAAAUCUUUUAGCUUUCUACCGUUGAGUACUUUAGAGACGUAGCUGUAUUUACUCAGCAGAACAACUAGCAGAGAGCGGAAAGAACGGCGCGCGGAGGCCCGGCCAGACCGCGCAUGCGCCGAUCCCCGGGGCGCGCCCGCUCGAUGUCUCGGCCUGCGGCUGCCGCUGUCUGACCGCUCCAGGCCGGAGCGAGUGCUGCCGGAGCGCGGCCCCCUCGCUGCCCCUCAGCCCGCGUCGCCGCCGGCAGGAAGCAUGUUCCGCAACCAGUACGAUAACGACGUGACGGUGUGGAGCCCCCAGGGGCGAAUUCAUCAAAUAGAAUAUGCCAUGGAAGCUGUGAAGCAAGGCUCAGCCACUGUGGGGCUGAAGUCAAAAACACAUGCUGUUCUGGUUGCUUUAAAGCGGGCACAGUCUGAGCUGGCAGCUCAUCAGAAAAAGAUCCUGUACGUUGACAACCAUAUUGGAAUCUCAAUUGCCGGGCUUACAGCUGAUGCAAGACUCUUGUGUAAUUUUAUGCGUCAGGAGUGUCUGGAUUCUAGAUUUGUGUUUGAUAGACCUCUUCCAGUGUCUCGUUUGGUGUCACUAAUUGGAAGCAAAACGCAGAUACCAACGCAGCGCUAUGGCAGAAGACCAUAUGGUGUAGGACUGCUCAUUGCAGGUUAUGAUGAUAUGGGCCCUCACAUCUUCCAAACUUGUCCCUCAGCAAACUAUUUUGACUGUAAAGCAAUGUCCAUUGGUGCUCGUUCGCAAUCAGCACGAACUUACUUGGAAAGACACAUGACUGAAUUUACUGAUUGUAAUCUAAAUGAGCUAGUUAAACAUGGACUGCGUGCCCUGAGAGAGACUCUUCCUGCUGAACAGGAUCUGACCACCAAGAAUGUUUCCAUUGGGAUUGUUGGCAAAGACAUGGAGUUCACGAUCUAUGACGAUGAUGAUGUAGCACCAUUCCUAGAAGGCCUUGAGGAGAGACCGCAGAGAAAGCCUGCUCUGCCUGCUGAUGAGCCUGCAGAGAAGGCAGAAGAGCCCAUGGAGCACUAAUUGGUGGACAGGUUCCUUUGUGCUGCCAUACGUGAUGCUGUACCGGAGCGUUUAUCCACGGGUGGUAACUUUAUCCUCAGCUCUAUGCCUCUUAUGCUGAUACGUACUGAGGAUUGCUUUUAAAAAAGAAAUAAACCCACUCACCUAUCCUUAA